GAGACAGGAGAACUGUACUCAUCCUGGGCACGGAAGACUCGGUCGUUUUGGGAAGAAUUAAAAAAAAAACCCAAUAAUAAUAAUAAUAAAAAAGCAGCUGUCCUGUCCACAUCGGCCCUAUAGGAGAGGGGAUAAUAAGAGACGGGACCUCUGAGCUGUGAAGAGUCGGAGAGCAGCCACACACUCAGCGGCAAGACGCACUCGUAGCGCAGGAGGGAUCUAGGAAGGUGGAGGAUAUUUUACGCGCAGCGGCACUACGGUAUAACCCCCCCCCCCUUUCGACACGCGGCCACUUACUUCAGGACUCAACACAGUCGCUGUCGCCUCCUCGGUUAGGAUUUGCACUUGACUAAAGUCCACAUGAUGGAUUCCUUCAUCAUAGCGGCUCUGGCAGUGUGCUCUCUAACGGCACCAGCCUAUGGGGACAAAGGGACCAGCAAAGCUCGGAGUUGUUCGGAUAUCAGGCAGUUUUACAGCGGGAAAGGAUUCGCUCUGGACGGUGUCCCUCAGUCUGAAAUAUCAGGGGAACACCUGCGCAUCUGCCCCCAGGGUUACACCUGCUGCACCAGUGGCAUGGAGGACAACUUGGCCACGCUGAGCCGCAGGGAGAUGGAGGGACUACUCAAAGAUGCCGGCCGAUCCUUGCAGACCUCACUCACUGGACAGUACAAGGCCUUCGAUGGUUACUUCCUGGAGCUGCUGAACCGCUCUGCGAUUAGUCUACAGGAGACUUUCACUCUAGCUUGGGGUUUAGUAUACAUCCAGAAUUCCCAGGUCUUCACUGACCUGUACACGGAUUUGAGGCACUACUACCGAGGCUCUAACGUCAAUCUGGAAGAGGUGCUGAACGAAUUCUGGGCCAGGCUGCUGGAGAAGCUCUUCUACCAGGCAAACAAGGAAUAUUUCAUAGGUGAGGACUACCUGGAGUGUGUGUCUAAGCAGAUAGAGACACUACGGCCCUUCGGAGACACACCCCGAGCGAUGAAGAUGACGGUCACGCGCACAUUUGUGGCAGCACGUUCCUUUGUUCAGGGACUGGUGGUCAGUGGGGAGGUGGUGCGCAAAGUGUCCCAGGUGCAGCUGAGCCAGGAGUGCAUGCGGGCCAUGAUGAGGAUGACUUACUGUCCCCACUGCCGCGGCAUGGCCUCCGCCAGACCUUGUGCCAACUACUGCAGCAACGUCAUGAAAGGCUGCCUGGCCAACCAGGCUGACCUCAACACCGAGUGGAGGCACCUGGCAGAAACAAUGAUGCAGGUGGCUGGACGCUUUGAUGGCCCAUCUGGUGUAGAUAGCGUGCUCCUCUCCCUCCCCAUUCGCAUAUCAGAAGCCAUAUUGACAAUGAUGGAGAAUCAAGCCACCAUCAACAGCAAGUUGUUCCAGGCAUGUGGCAACGUCAGAGAGGGCGGAGCCAGCAGCACGGGAGUCGAUGACAUCAUGAAGAAAGGGAAGGUUACGGUUGAGGACAAGUUGGGAGCCAGCUCUACCAAUAUGGACAAACUGGUGUCUGAUGUCACCAUCAGACUGAGGGACAUGCAGCCGUACUGGGUUUCUCUCCCAAGUGUCCUCUGCAGUGACAGAGUGGCCACCGGAACAGGGGCCGAGGAUAAGUGUUGGAACGGCAUGAACCGUGCUCGGUACCUUCCUGAGGUGAUGGGUGAUGGCCUGGCCAGCCAGAUCAACAACCCUGAAGUGGAAAUUGACAUCACCAAACCAGACAUGACAAUACGCCAACAGAUAAUGCAGCUGAAGAUCAUGACGCACCGCCUGAGGAAUGCUCUCAACGGACAGGACGUGGACUUUCAGGACACCAGUGAUGAUGUCAGCGGUUCAGGAAGUGGCACGUGCGUUGACAGUAUGUGUUCCCGCGGCCCGCGCCUCGUUGUCCCCAUCACCGACCGGCCCACAUAUUACCCCCACCCUCCAGAAAACAAGAAGGUGAAAAGCUCCAACGCCAGCCAGAACAUCCCCUGCAUCGCCAUUUACCUGCUUCCACUGCUCAUUUUGCUGCUCCGGCGAUAAUUGACGGGGGGAAUCUACCAACUGGGACUGAGUUUGGGACACGGAGGUUGGGGAGAGUCUAAAAGGGGGAGGGAGGAGAUGUUGGGAGGUAGUUACUUUGCCAAAACUAAAUAAGUAAAAGGAAACAACAACAGAAAAAAAAAAUCACAUGGAUGGACUUCGUGUUGGUUUUGGAUUAGAACAAAAUGGAAUUACGAGUAUUCAUUAAGUGUUUGGGUUCUGCUCUUUUUCUUUUAUUUCUUGCUAUAUUAUGACUCCAUUAGAGCUGGUCUUUUUGCAUCUUCUAAUGUUUUGUUUCUGGUGUUUGGGUUCUCUGAGAUUAUAUCUGUACCUAAAACAUGUGUAAGACUAUAUUGCUAACAGUAUGUUGGUGUUGACACCAUGGGGAGAGGGAGGAUGGGCUUUGCAGUGGCGCUCAGAUUUGUAAUUCCACUCCUUUAAAAACAGCAUUUAUGUUCAGUAGAAUCAUUUAUUUAUACAUCACUCACCACAGACCCCAGAGUGGUUUAAUCACUCCCCAAUCUACACAAACCACAAACUUAAAUGCAACACAAUAUUGAUGACUUUUAAAGGGGGAUGAUCUGGACAGCACGACCCAGCAGACCUCUUAAUGCAUUAAACCCUCACAAUAUCAUUACACUUACACACACACACUCUCUAACAGCGAGGAUGCGAGCGCCAGCAGUUUUUUGCCGAUUCAUCGUGUAAGCUGUAAUAAAAACCAUGAUCACAUUCACACCGACAUGAUCGUCUAAUGUGGGAGUAACCUGACACCGUCCCCCACUCCAUCCAUCCAUCCACUCAUCCCUACAUCCCCCCCCCCCCCCC